CUGGUGAACCGCCUGCGGCUCCCGGCGGGGCCAGCGCCCGAGGCUCAGCCAGGGUGCGAGAAGCACCAGGAGACCCUGAAGCUCUUCUGCCAGGAGGAUCAAGUCCCCAUCUGCAUGAUCUGCAGAGAGUCCCGGGCGCACCGCACGCACAUGGUGGCGCCCAUUGAGGAGGCUGCCCAGGAGUACAAGGAGAAACUCCAGGGGGCCCUGGGCCUGCUCAGGAAGCAGCUGAAGAAGGCCGAGGCGCUGACAUCUAAAGAGAAGGAACAAACCACAGAGUGGCAGAGGACAGUGCAGGCAAAGCGAGUGACGAUUGCUGGUGAAUUUAACAAGCUGCACACGCUGCUGAAGGAGGAAGAGCAGCUGCUUCUGCAGAGGCUGGCGGAGGAGGAAAGGGAGACUCUGCAGUGGCUACAGGAAAAUGUCUCCAAACUCUCCCAGCAAAGCUCGUCCCUGCAGCAGCUGAUCGCAGAGAUCGAGGGGAAGUGUCAGCAGCCGGUUGCUGAGCUGCUGAAGGACGUGAAAAGCACGUUGAGCAGGAGUGAAAACAUGAAGCUCCAGGGACCCGAACCCGUUUCUACUGACCUGCAGGAUGGGUAUAAAAUUUGUCUUGAUCUGAGGGAAGCUCUGAACAGAUUUGCAGCAGGAAACGAGCCGAUUGUCCAGGGCAGCCAGACCAGCCCCAGUGACACCGGCACAGACAGCAGCCGGGAGAGAUCAUCUGGGCCCUGCUGUCACACCCGCCCUGCGCUCUCAGCCACAGUGGACGUGACUCUGGAUCCAGACACGGCAAAUCGCUACCUCGUCCUGUCUGAGGAUCGGAAAAGUGUGAGACACAGAAACAGGCGCCAGGCUCUGCCCAACACCCCCGAGAGAUUUGUUACUUACCCUGAAGUUCUGGGUGCCGAGGGGUUCGCGGGCGGGAGGCAUUACUGGGAGGUGGAGGUGGGAGACAAGCCUGAGUGGGAACUGGGGGUCUGCAGGGAAUCUGUGAGCAGGAAGGGGGAGAGUGAAAAUUCACCUAGGAAUGGAUACUGGGUCAUGUUGCUGAGGGAUGGGGAAUACGAGGCCAGCACCUCCCCCUCCACCCUCCUCCCCGUGAGCGCCAGGCCCAGCCGGGUGGGGGUUUUCCUGGACUACCAGGCAGGCGAGGUCUCGUUUUACAAUGUGACUGACAGGUCCCAUCUCUUCACCUUCACCGACACCUUCUCCGGGACGCUGCGCCCCUAUUUCUACACUGGUUACAGUGAUAAUGGUGCAAAUGCAGCUCCCCUGACCAUCUGGCCAAUUCUGGCCCAGGCCUGAGGGAAUGGCAGUGCGGCCAGCUGAGACUCUCCCCUCCCGCUGCCCUGGGUGGGGGUAUGCACCAUGCGGAGUCAAUGGGAGACAUUCUCCAAUCAGCUCCCUUUGCUCUUCUCAUCUGGAUAGAGCACCAGGGUGACUGCAGAGCAGCCUGCACUCUAUUUGGGGGGGUCUUCACCGCACCCCCUAAAUCCACUGCUGGGGGUUGAUCUCAGAAUGUGACCCCAGGCUGUUGUGAAGAUGGAACCCAGCGACUCCCUCCUCAGCACAGACCGGCCCCUCCCAGCACUGACCCCAAGCCUGUUCCCAUGGAGAUGGUGGAGGGGGGAAGGUGAUGUCUCUUGUCCGACCACCUUCCUCUCUGUUUCCAGCCCCAGGCCAGUGAGCUGGGGGAGGGGAAAGGGGCAGAGAAGAGGGUGGGAGAGUCAGCAGCAGGGGUAGUGGAGGAGAAGGCAGCUGGCUGUGUGGGUGCGGGGGCUGUGGUGGUGGGUGCAGGGACAAGAGCUGUGUGGACACAAUUUUGGGGUAACUGCUGUGGCCAGC